UCUUUUAGCGUCACCCGGUAAGCCUGACUAUAUGCUGACAGUGUCCGUAUGACACAAAAUUAGUGUAUUUGUAUAAAAAAACAUUGUAAUAUCUUAAUAAGAUAAUAAAUAUAUCAAAUGGCGGACAAAUACGAUAAAAACGGUUAUAACAGUAGUGAUUUUAAAAGGAAUCCUCAAGAUAUGAAAGAACAGGAGCAAGAGCAAGAUGGCGAAGAUGGAUCAAAAAUUAACGAAAAAGCCGGCGAAUAUAUGAGAGAAUUAUUAAGUGAAAAAAUAAAGCUAAACAAUGCAAAAUUCCCUAUUUCGUCACGUCUAAUUGAUAGCGAAGUAGCAAAAGUACAGGCUUCAGGUCGAGUACCCGCCAAGGACUUCAAAUAUGUAGAUGUCUACAGGGACAAACCGAAUAAGGUCACCGUCAAAGUUUUGGUGCCAGUGAAGGAGCAUCCUAAGGUGAACUUUGUUGGAAAGCUCCUAGGGCCAAAAGGAAACACAAUGAAACAACUGCAAGAGGAGACCAUGUGUAAAAUGGCCAUACUUGGUAGGGGAUCAAUGAGAGACAGACAAAAAGAAGAAGAACUCCGCAACUCAUUGGACCCCAAGUAUGCUCAUUUGUCGGAUGAAUUACACGUAGAGAUAUCUGCGUUGGCCCCACCGGCCGAGGCUCAUGCCAGGAUUGCAUAUGCUCUGGCAGAGGUCAAGAAAUAUCUAAUACCCGAUACAAACGACAUGAUCAGACAAACGCAAAUGCGGGAAAUUAUGGAAAGAGAUACUGUGAUCCCGAAGCGGCCUUUGCUCGAAGCGCCCGGUAACAAGAGCGUCGUAUACAGUGCUUGCACCGUCACGAAACGUUCCUUCUCCUACCAGGAUCCCGUUCUCGACACGGCAGGUGCUCCGCCCCCUCACGCAGUGGCCCGUCCCGCGGCGCCCCGCAUGCCCCCAGCCCCCAUGCGGCCCGUGCCAGGCAAGACCAAGGUCUUCAGUAUCCUAGACAGAGCCCGCGCAGCAAUGGAGUCAUCUUACUCGUAUGAGGAUCCGUACGCUGUUUCCGAGCCACCGGUACCUCGCGGUCCACCACGUGCCGCCCCUGAACCAGAUUACUACUACGAUCGAAGCCAGGAACGCUAUUAUGAUGAAGAUUCCUACUAUAAGGAUGAAGGCAGAGACUUCAAGGCCUCCGCUCGUGACGUAGGGACUAGGAGGCCUGGGCCCUCUAACCCGCGUCACUACGCUAGGGCUUCGCCCUACGCCCGCCCGCCCAAGCCGACACAGAAAAAACGUUCACAAUAAGCCGGUGAGUAUAAAACUGAUAAAUCAGAACAGAAAAAAAAAAAUAAGCAAAUAAAACAGGACACAAAAACUCAAUAAGGACAUAAAAUGACGUCAAUAAAAGGAAACCAAAUUACGUAUAAUAAAAUAAAAAUAUCCAAAUUAUUUGAAAUCAAAAGAAAUUACUAUAAAAUAUGCUGAUUUUAAAUUAUUAUAAAUAAUAUAACUGAAAUGUCUACACUGCCUUGAUUAUGGAUUCUGACUUAAAAUCACUCAAAACAAUAUUUGUUAAAAAGAACAAAUUUUACUUCUAAAAAGUAUUUACUAUAUGUCAAUCUAAAAUAAGGUUAAUAAUAAAAAUAGGUAAAUAAGGUUUCUUCUUUAUUAAUUAACGAGCAACAUGUGUUAAAAUACAAAUAAAAGUUAGGUUUAGUUUAAUUGUAGGUCUUACUAAUCCUAAAAUUAUGUAAUAAAAGUUUUAACAAACCAAUUUCAAUUUUUCAAACUCUGAAACAUGUUAUAGGUAUAAUGUACCUAUUGGUAAAUUUGUGUGAACUAGAAAUAAAAAUAAUUUGAACUAAAA